UCCGUACGUCGUCUUGCAAAAGUCAAAAACAUACAACGACAAGCACCUGCAUAUCCAUCCAUCCAUCAUAUCUGACCAGAGAUCGAUCGCUGAAGUCCUCCGUCCGACUCCUCCUCGUCGUCGAUCUGUGAACAACAAGAAGAUCGGGCCGGCCGGCCAAAAGGGUCAUUCGUCGACGACGUUCAUCCAUCCUAUACGUGCCGGCGGCCGGCGGAUCGAUGGCUGAGGGUAGCUGGACCCCGACUGCCGAGCUACCUCUGCGACAGGACCCGGCGGUGGACGACGACCUGCCGCAGGUGGUGGUCCAGGAGAAGCAGCAUGGCGGCGGUGCUGCCGCUCGGACUGCGAUGGCGACGGCGACGGCGACGCGGGACGGGUCGGUGGGUUGGAGCGGCAAGCCGUGCCGCAGAGACAGGUCCGGGGGAUGGUUCGCCGGCUUCCUCAUGCUCGCGAACCAGGCGCUGGUGACGUUCGCGGUCAACUGCGUGGGGACCAACCUGGUGACGUUCAUGUCGGUGGUCAUGAGGCUGGACAACGCCGACGCCGCCAACAAGGCCAACAACUGGGCCGGCACCACCUACGUCUUCUCCAUCGUCGGGGCCCUCGUCAGCGACUCCUACUGGGGAAGAUACAAGGCCUGCACCAUCUUCCAGCUCAUCUUCCUCGCGGGGCUGGUGGAGCUGGCCGUAGCCUGCCACGUGUUCCUCGACAAGUCCUGCCACUUCGGCGGCGGCGGCGGCGGGCGGCAGGAGCACUGCAGGCCGCCGACGACGGCGCAGUCCCUCGUCUUCUACGUCUCCAUCUACCAGAUCGCGCUCGGGAACGGCGCGUACCAGCCGGCGGUCACCACGUUCGGCGCCGACCAGUUCGACGAGACCGACGCGCGGGAGCGCCGGUCCAAGGCCGCCUUCUUCGGAUACUUCUUCGUCGCCAACAACCUCGGCGGCGUCCUCGCCGUCACCGCGCUCGCCUACAUGGAGGACGAGGGCCAGUGGGUCCUGGCCUUCUGGAUCGCCACCGCCGCGGCGCUGCUCGGCUUCCUCCUCUUCGCCGUCGGGACCAUCAGGUACAGGCACUUCCUUCCCAGCGGCAACGCUGUUGUCAGCGUCUGCCAGGUGGUCGUCGCUGCCGUCAGGAACCGGCGCGUCAGAGCUACGGUUCGAGCGCAGGAUAUGUACGACCCCGAUACCGAUGGAGAUCGCGGCAAGAAGGGGGUCAGGAAGAUGGUGCACACACCAGAGUACAGGUGUCUGGACAAGGCAGCGGUGAUCAAAGAUCCAGCGUCUGCGUUCCGAGCACCGGCAGGUCAACCACAGGGCCAUUCCUCCUCCAAGCCCAACCCAUGGAGGCUCUGCACACUGACCCAAGUGGAAGAACUGAAGUGCAUCCUGAGGCUAGUCCCGAUCUGGCUCUGCAGCAUCCUCUACUCCACCUCCUACUCGCAGAUGUCGUCGGUGUUCAUCGAGCAGGCGCAGACCAUGGACGACUCCCUGUCGAAGCUGACGAUCCCUCCCGCCGGCAUGGACGUCUUCGAGAUACUGGGCGUCACGGCCUUCGUGUUCAUCUACCGCUUCUGCAUCGUCAGGGUCAUGGCCAAAAUAUCGCACGAGCCGACGGAGCUCCAGAGGAUGGGCACCGGGCUCGUGAUCUCGGCCGCGGCCAUGGUCGCGUCCGGCGUGGUGGAGCAGCAGAGGCUGGCGCGCGCCACGGCCGGCGUCGACGCGUCCAGCUCUCUCAGCAUCCUCUGGCAGAUCCCGCAGUACCUGCUGAUCGGAGCGUCCGAGGUGUUCAUGUACGUCACCAUGACAGAGUUCUUCAACGACCAGCUCCCGGAAGGCCUGAGGAGCCUCGGGAGCGCCAUGAGCGUGGCCUCCAUGUCGGCCGGGAGCUUCGCGAGCAGCCUCCUCGUCACUCUGGUGAUGGCCAUCACCUGUAGAGGCGGCCGGCCUGGGUGGAUACCUCAGGAUCUCAACAAGGGCCAUGUGGACUGGUUCUUCUACCUCAUAGCAGCCCUUAACGCCGUGGACCUGCUGGCGUUUGUGGUGUUUGCCAAGAGGUAUAGACCGGCUCCGGUGAUCAUACAUGGAGAAGAUGAAACCGGUGGUGUCGAGAAGGCCCAGGAUGCGGAGGAAUGCAUUUGAAUGCAUAUCUCAAACAUUCCAUGUGUGGGCCUGUUUAGAUAUACUCCUUAUACAUGUGUUAUUAUAGCGUGGAUUGAUAUGGAAUUUAAAACUAAAUUCCAUACCAAUCCAUUCUAAGGCACAUAGAUGAAGCUAGAUACAUAAGCAUUCAAACGAACCUUUAAUAAUCUCUCACAAGCCAUAUUGUUGGAAUAUUGGAUUUGACUGCAUUCAAACAUAUCUCUACUGUCAUUUGCUAGGGCGGUAGUGCUUUAUUU